ACCCAAGAGUUUUCAUUUAAGAAAGCUGGAAAGGGAAAAAUUCAGUUCACUUUCGGAGAGAGCCCUAUAUUUUGUAGUAGAAAGCCUAGUACGCGAAAUACACUAUUCCAAUUGCAAUUCUGUGACCAUGAUCGCUAACCCGUGCAUAUUCUGUUUAGAUGAGCAGCGCUUUCCAUGCCGCAUAUCCUGCGGUCAUUCCUUUUGCACCGAAUGUUUUGGCAAAUACUUGGAACUGGUGCGGGACUCGCGAUGUCCAAUAUGCAGACGCGAUUUCAGGACGGACUUUCAUCCUACUCCCGCUGAUUCCGGUCGAGUGACCUUCGCCUCCACAGAGGAUCCGGAAUCCAUGGUAUCACCUACCGAGGCCGAGAUGGACACACUGGUGCUGACACUUUCGGAGCAGGAGUGCCGCUUUUUUGAGCAGCUUUACCGGGAACUUCAGUUGGUGGACACUCGGGAAUAGAUGGCCCGUGAAAGCCAGCAAGUUCCUGCCAACAAUCUGUGAUUCUUAUUGUUUUCUACUUGUAUAUAUAUUGUGUAAAAUAAUUUAUAAUUGACCUUAUUGGCUAAUAUUUCCCUUAAUUAUUUUUUGGACAGUGUCAUACUGACUGAAGAUUGUAUACUUUUG